AUGCCUAAUUCUCUUCAUUCAAACGAGAAGGAAGUUCUUCCUAUUCCGAAUGGUCAUAAUCCCGCUAAAUGUGCGCCUCCAACAGAUUCACGGAGUGCCUCUUUAACGACUGCACAGUUAUCAUUGCUCGUAUUAGUGAUUCAAAACUCGACACUAGUACUAAUGAUGCGGUGUUCGCGUGUACGUAAAUCACCUGAUCAAAUGUACAUAGCAUCGACAGCGGUCUUCCUCGCAGAAAUAUUGAAAAUUAUAGCCUGUUUGAUAGUACUUCUAAUUCAAAAACGAACAUUAAAACGAUUCAUUAAUGUUAUUCAAAAAGACAUCUUUGAACAGCCAACCGAGAUAAUAAAAAUGAUUAUCCCAUCCGCACUUUACGCGUUGCAAAAUAAUCUUCUUUACGUCGCGUUAUCAAAUUUGGAGGCAGCCACUUUUCAAGUCACGUAUCAACUGAAAAUAUUAUCGACGGCUAUUUUUUCCGUGUUAAUGUUGGGAAGAUCAUUGAGUCGCGGUAAAUGGUUUGCUCUUGUGUUACUCAUGGUUGGAGUUACACUUGUACAACUGCAGACUGUCAAUCAUCAUAUUACAGCAUCAUCUGCAUCGGAUAUUGAUAUUGAUAAGAAUAACAAUCAAACAAUCAAUUUAAAAAAUCAUAACGAUGAAGAUCCAACUUCCUCCACUAUUACCGUCACCUCUAAAUCAUCCACCGCCACUGCGACGCAUAUAUUGAUGGCAGCACAGAAUCCAUUGAUCGGCUUAAUCGCGGUUAUUACUUCUUGUAUUUCAUCAGGAUUUGCGGGUUGUUAUUUCGAAAAAGUCUUAAAAAGUUCUGACACGAGUAUGUGGGUCAGAAAUAUUCAAUUGGGUUUCUCAGGAUCGACAUUUUCCGUGCUUGCAAUGAUACUUUAUGAUGGCAAAGAAAUCUUUAACGACGGAUUUUUUCAAGGAUAUAAUUCAUUGACAUUUGCAGUUGUUGGAAAUCAAGCAUUAGGAGGUUUAUUGGUUGCGAUGGUGGUUAAAUAUGCGGAUAAUAUAUUAAAAGGAUUUGCCACUUCGGUGUCAAUUAUCGUAUCAGGAAUAAUUAGUUUUUACUUUUUAAAUUUUCAGCCGAGCUCACAAUUCACUAUCGUAUCAAUAUCGGCUGACCGCGACACAAGGUUGAUCCUUGCUGAUAUAGAGGCUACGUAA